AUGCCCCCCGUGGACCCCCUGCUGACCUCCCUCUCCGCCUGCUGGCUGGUCUUUGCCACGACUGCACCGACAACAUACGUUGUGGGCGCCACCUGGCUGCAUCGCACCCGCAAUGGGAACGAGGACCCCCGCCCCAGCCAGCCCGGGUGGGGGUGGGGGACGGGGGGUGGGGUCCGGACCCUCGUGUUCCAGGCCCUCAGCCUGGUGACCUGGCUCCUCGGCUGCGCCGUGGCCUUUCCCGUCGUCUUUAGCGUCCAAUUGGACCAUGCAGACGUGACACGUGAGCUCCUGGCCGGAGCAGCGGCGGUGGGUGCUGUCUCAGCACAGCUGUUCCAGGUGUCGGCCCUGCUCAGCUUUGAUGCCGGGGCCAAGCCCCUCCGCAUCUGGUCCGGCCUGCAACAGGGCCAGGUGGACGUCAUGUGGGAUGUCAAAAAGCCCUUCCGGGGCGGGGCCUGGUUUGUGGCGACCCAGGCCCUGGGCUGGGCCCUCUUCUCGGCGGGCCUCACCCUCAUGCUGUACCUCAUCGCCCAAGGCGCAGCGGGUGUGAUGGAGGGCGCCCGGCGCUACACCUGGACGGCGGGCGCCAUCAUGGUCACCGCCCAGCUGGUCCUGGCCAGCUCCCUGGUCUUCUUCCAGGGGCCGCAGCGUACCAUGCAGCUGGUCAGGCAAAUCAGCAUAUCCCUGGGCGAGGAGGCGCGCCCCCGCAAUUUGCGUCAGCGCCUUGAAAAUGUGGCGACCAUCAUCAUCCUGUACAUUCCGAUGCACGUGACAUCUGCGGCCAUGGCUGCAUACUUCUUCUUCCUGCCACCUCACAUUGCUGUCACCUUGCUGAUUGCCACGCUCUUCGUUUACUACACCGUCACCAGCCUGGGAGGCGCGCCCGAGGUAUCAGGGCGCCGGGAGUGGCCUGCCUUCCAGGACUGGUUUGGCCGGCAGCUGGAGGAGGUGCUGCCUGCCUGGCUGGGGUCGCUGGAGGUGGUCCGGGAGGGGGCCUCCCAGCCGCUGGACCCAGAGAAACGCUAUGUCUUUGGCUUUGCCGCGCACGGCCUCUACCCCCUGGGGGCCGGCUACCUCCCAGUGCUCCCCUCCUUCCGGCGCCUCCUCCCUGGCAUCCGCCCCGUCACCCUCACCGCCUCGGUCGUCUUCGUGCUGCCCGUGCUGCGUGACAUCCUGGCCUGGCUGGGGCUGAGGGUGGUCACACGCCGCUCUUUCUUGCGUGCCCUGCGCGAGCGGGGCUCCGUCCUGCUCGUCCCCGGCGGCCAGGCCGAGCUGGUGCACACCCACCGCAUCUUCACCGCCCGCGAGUACUGUGUGUACCGCAGUCACAAGGGCUUCGUGAGGGUGGCGCAGCAGGCACAGGCCAGCCUGGUCCCCCUCCUGGUGCUGGGCGAGAUCGACUCCCUGCGCAACCUCAUCAGCGCCCCGGCCAUGCUGCAGUGGACCUACAAGCGCCUGGGCUUCCCUGUGCCGUACCUCAUCGUGGGGCGGUGGGGCCUGACGCCCUUUCCUCAGCCCACGGGACUCAGAUUCAUCAUCGGGGAGCCCAUCCCCCCCGUCGAGCUGGGGCCGGGGGAGGAGCCCACCCAGGAGCAGGUGGACACUGUGCAUGCGGCAUUCUACGAUGCCAUGCAAGCGCUGUGGCACAAGCAUGCCCCCAGCUUCCCGGGGUACGAUGACGUGAAGUUCGUCCUGGUUGACAAGUAG